AAAAAAUGGCGACGGUAAUGAUUGAUGGUUUAUAUGAAAUAGUAAUUAUUUAAAUAAAUAUUAGUAUAAUUAUAGAUAAUUAUUAGCAACGGUUGGGUAAGCAGACGACCUUGACCUUGGUUCAGACAAUCGCUUAUACAAAUUCAAUGGACAUUAUAGAUGUAUAUAUAAGUACAUACUCUUUCAUUUGCAAUGCUUUCAUUCAUAAACGAUUUGGACUUAUUUGAACAAUUACUCUUUACAUAUUUACAAUAAUUUAUAAUCAGUGAUAAUAUUAAAACAAUGUAGAUAUCAACAGGAGGAAAUGGAUUAAUGAAUUAAAAAGUAUUGUAGUAAGAACGCUGCCGGAUAUGAGAAGGCGAGGGACGUCAUUAUCUUAUCUUAAACCAUUUCCUGUCAACCUGGGUCCUCCUUUCACAUUAAUCACACAUACAACACACAUUCUGUACGUCAUCCGUAAUUUUACAACCAUCAUUAUACAUACACAGUGCUAUGCCUGCACCAUGCUCCUAGGCAUUACUUCCGGUAUACAUAGUUCAUACAGGCAUUCAACAACACCGACAACAUCUGGAUGAAGCUCCAAUCAUUCCGGUCUCCUUUAAGGUGCGAAUACAUGUCUUGGAGUUAUGCUUUGGAAUUCAUUGGAUAAAUUUAUAAGUACAUAAUAAACAUUGCUCCAGCAUAGUAAACCAAACAUUUGCCCACACAAAGAGCAAGAGAGAUAACGUAACUUUCCCCUCUACUAUUUCAAAUCCUAAAGCAGUUUCCCCGCAUGAUUCUGUGAAGUUGAGACUGCCUACGUAUAGUAUCGUUAAUGAAAACGUCUUUUGUCAAUGAACUGACGUCAGUACGUGCAAGGAUUGGUUGGAAGUAGUGCGCCACGUGACUUUGAACCAAUGGCAUAAUAUCUUGUUAUUCCCCUUGUACUUGUCCAUGCCGCCAUUUGUUCAUUCUCAACGGAAAGACGCUCGAGGAAAGGUGUGGCUGAGAAAGGUUUACGACACGGGAUUGUGGUGGCUGAGUGGGCAGUUACGGAUAAGCAGACUAGAAUUGUAAUACCAACUUGAUAGACUCGUUUAUUAGUGAAAGAAACAGAUUUAUCAAAUACGUAUCAAGAAUAAUAGACAGCUGUUCGUGGGAUACCAUUCAAAACAGAAUAAUUCAGUGUGAUUUUAGAUUGUUCAUGUUGUGUGUUAAAGUGUAUAUAAUUCCUUUAUUAAAUUUCUGUGUAAUUCCAAAAUUAGAAAUAACUAUUAGCUAACGAAGAUAUUUAGUAAACAAUCAUUGUCAUAUAAAUCAAGAAGAUAAUGAAAAAAUUAGGAUUGAAUGAACAGGCAAAGUGAAAAAAAAACAGAGGGAGUUAGAGAGCAGUUAACCGUACGCGCAGCAUCCCUCCGUGAAGCAGUAUCGUCCGUGGGAGCAGAGAACACAACCACUUGGCACCGGAAGAGGGAUGAGGAACACGAUGCUUGGAAUGUUGCCAUCAAAUGUUUAAGUAAUAUAAAACAUUGUGGUUGUGUUUUAAAUAGUGAAACUACUAUUGAAGUCAUGGAAAGAACUGCCUAAUUAGUUGUGUUAUGAUUUAUUUAUAUAAACAUAAACAUUCCAAUGAACGAGAGUUGAUCAGAUGUGUCUUGAUUAACGGUGCGAUCGAUAAUCGAGAGACGACAAAUAUAAAAAGACUGCAAAUAUAUUGGUUAAAUGGUUUCUUUAUAACGUGAUUGACAACAAUAUUUUUUUCUAUGAAAAAAGCUAAAUUGUUUAUUAGAGGUCAAGAAUUUAAAUAGAUGCUUAUAAUUGAUUUGGAAGAUUUUGUUAUUAAUGUGCCAUUAAUAUACGUCUGUGGCUUUAUUUAAAUUAGAAGAUCAUCAUUAUCAUAAAAAUCAAGUGCCAUAUUAAUGCUUAAAUUCCAUUUAAGUACGGAUAGAAGUGACAUUGUAUAAAUUAUAAUUAUUACAAUUUUUUAUAAUUCAAAAUGCCAGGAGAAGGAGUAACAGAGGAAGGUUUUGUUGGACCUGAAUGGCUUUUUAGAGAAUUACGAUCUCAAUGUGGACCCAACAAGCUCUUGAUUUUAGACUGUAGAGCACAUUCAGACUUCUUAGAAGCUCACAUAAGAAAUUCAGUACCUCUUGCCAUACCUAGUAUCAUGCUGAGAAGGUUAGCUGCUGGCAAAGUAGAUUUAUUGGCUACCAUUAGGUGCAUAGAACUCCGAAACCGAGUCGAAGUGUUUUUAUACGGUGAUGAAGACAGCAGGGGUACAUUUGUGUUGAUUGGAGAUUCAACAGAUCCAGCUGGUCAUCAAGGGGAAACAAUCCAGGUUUUGAAUAGAAGAUUGAGAAGCUGUGGUGGCUGUGUAACUACUUUGAUUGGUGGUUUUGGAGCCUUUCGAGAUCGUUAUCCAGAAUGGUGUGAAGGUAGUCAAUCCGAUAUAGAAGGACAAUCAACACAAGAGACAAACGUCGGCGAAUUAAUGGGCUUACGGUCCUUACGUAUUUCUACACUUCCUAUAAGAGCUUAUUCUGAUUCCGAUAGCGAUAGUACAUGUGAUUCUGUUGGUCCUGAAGAAGACAAAGACUUUCCAGUAGAAAUUUUGCCACAUUUAUAUCUCGGAAAUGCAGCAAAUAGUGAAGAUCAUGAAGCUUUAUCACGCCAUCAAAUACAAUAUAUACUUAAUGUAACACCUGAUUUACCAAACGUAUUUGAAAGUGCUGGUUCUAUUAAGUACAUGCAGAUACCAAUUAGUGAUCAUUGGAGUCAAAACUUGGCGAGCUUUUUUCCUCAAGCUAUUCAAUUUAUUGAGGAAGCACGUAAUUCCGAUAAAGGUGUUUUGGUUCAUUGCCUAGCUGGUGUAUCAAGAUCUGUGACUAUCACAAUUGCUUACCUCAUGCAUAAGUGUAACCUCAGUCUUAACGACGCUUUCAACUUAGUAAGGAGCAGAAAAACAAAUGUUGCACCUAAUUUUCAUUUCAUGGAACAGCUGCAUAGUUUUGAACGGGAAUUGAGAGAUAGAGGUGGUCGUAAACGUGACAAUCAACGGUGCAUUGGUGCUUGCCAACCUGAUGGACCUUGCAAUUGUCCUGCUCCUAGUUUUCUUAGUCCAAUUGAUCUGGGGAUGAGUCCCGAUUCAGGUAUUGAAUUCGACAGGUGGGCUGCUAGUACACCAGCAGAAUGAGACGGGUCUGGAGGGACCCAAUACAAAUUUUAGGUCCCUCCCCACUUACCUUCACAUUUGUGAAAAUAGCUAGGAUAACCUUAUAGUAAGAGAAAAAUCAAUCGACAAGAAAAUUCAAUGUAUAUAUAUUGAAACUUUUUCAUGUCGUACGAUGCGACUUUAGUCACAACGAAAAAAAUUAUUAAAUUAAUUGGUUGUGACUUAGGGAGAGAGUAGAAAUAAUGACUGUAUAAUCAAUGACGGUUUUGUUCGCCGGUCGAACGGGUCAAAGUGAAGUUUUUAAAAAUAUAAUUAACUAUAUGGUAAAUUAUAUUAUUUUCUAAAUUAGUAAUCAUUUUGUAAUCAAGUUUUUUUUGUAACAAUUUAAACUGAAUGAUUAACAGUGCAAUCGCUAAAACUUAUCGUUAUCACAGCUGUUAACUAAUUCAACAUAAAAUUAUUACACUGUUAUUAAAUAAAAAUAAAUAAAUAUCCCGCAGGGCGGGAUAAUUAAACUUGAUACCGCGUUUUUCUAUAUCUAUUUACGAAAUUUUUAUAACGCGGUUUAAAUUACUAUGUAAAUUUAUUCAAACCAAUAGUAAUCUAAUGGGUGCAAAUAUAUUAUAUAUAAAUUGAAUUUUCAGAAAACUUUCAUUAAUGAAAUAUAAUGACUAAUCGUUUUUUUUUUCUAUUUUUAACUCAUAUUUCCCUUUAGUAUUUGACAUUUGAAAGUAUUUUAUAAGAUUAAUGGAAUAAAACGUGAAAAAGUAAAUUAUUUAAAUAUUUCUUUCAUGUAUAUAGUACAUGAAUAGUAGAAAAAAUAUAUGUUAUAAAUGAAUAAACUUGAAGAAAAAUUAACUAUGAAUCAGUGAAGAAAUAUAAAAUAAAUAUAUUGAUGAAAAUGAAAUUUAAACCGACACUGUGAUGUCGAUGCAUUGUAUUUUCUAGAAUAUAAUUUUAUACCUGUAUAGUAAUAUAAUCGAAUUUAAAAUGCUAUUUUUUAAUAAUUCUUCCCUCAAAACCGUCGAUUAUUGAGGCUGUGUUUCAUUUCUCUCGACUAUUAAAAAUAAUAUUCUGGUAAAAAAAAAAUACAUUACUGUUGUAAAAUCUAAAUAUACAAAUGUUGUAUUAAAAUGCCUCCUGUAUGAGCAAGAUAAAAUAUAUUUCGUUGUUAUACUAUGUACAAGAAUAAGAAAACAAAGUUGUCAAAAAUACUAUCAAUACGUAAUAGUAAUAAUGGAUGAAUUGUAAAACUAUUAUUAAAUGUGAUUUAAAGAUACACAAGAGUGACUUACUUUAGUAGAAAAUAUACAAGAUAAUGUAUAAAAACAUUUUUUGGCUUCCGAAUUAAUAUUAAUACACACAUUUAAUUGUAAUAGAGAAAUGUAAACAUAUUUGAUUCAAUUUACAAAUAAUGAACAAAUUCACUUACUGUUAGAUGAGUGCAUUUAAUACUGGGCAUUCCUCAUACUUGACAAACGAAAAUUGUUAGAGUAAAAUAAUUUAUAUUCCAAUAAUUUUUUCCAUGUUUUAAAUGAGCACAAAUUGAUAUAUUCUUUAUAUAGGUGGAUAGGAAUUUCAAUAUUACUAUUCUAUUAUGAAAUCUGAAAAAUAAUAAUAUAAGUAUGCGCACAUUUUGUUGAUUGUACAAUUUUUUUAUUAGGAUCAAAUAUAAAUUAUAUAUAAAUAUAAAUAUUAAUCUAAAAAUUUAAACAAUCGGUGCGACAUUGAUUAAUCAUGCAGAUCUCAAGAUGAUUAAGGAUUUAUUUUUAUAUAAAAAAUGAUAAAGAAUAAAAUAAAUGUUAAGACUACAUUCCAACUACAAAUUACUACAAGUUAAUAAAUCAGUGUAUUAAAUGUAAUCAUUUAUGAAUUAUUCACCCAAAUGAAUAAUAUGAAUAUUAUUUUUCAUGUA